CGGCGAGCCAAUGAUGAUUCAGGACUGCAAACUGGAAGUUGGAUUGUAACCAAUCGGAACAACAAUAAAAAUUAUCGAAUUCUAAAACUCCAAAUUGCACUCUUCUUGGUUCGCCAAUUAUAAUGCGCGCUCCGAUACACUCGAUACACUCCGAUACUGGUUUUAAAAGAGAGUCGAGUUUUCGUUUGAUUCUAAACAGAAUAUCGUAAUUGAACAUCGUGAUUUGUGAAUACACAGUGCGUGUUGUCACAUUACCUCAGAAAAGAUAAUUAUCAAAAGGAAAUAGAUUAACAGCGAGCAAAAUGUCAGGGCCAAUGGUACUGUGUCAACUAUGGAUGGGUGGUCUGGAACCGUACAUGACUGAGAGCUUUAUCAUGAAUGCAUUUCACAAGAUGGGUGAACAGCCACAGACGGUAAAAGUUAUGCGAAAUCGGUAUACCGGUGAGCCCGCAGGAUAUUGUUUUGUACAUUUUCCAACUGACGAAAUGGCUCUUGAUGCCAUGCACAAGUUAAAUGGCAAAGUCAUACCUGGUUCAAAUCCUCCCGUGCGAUUUCGAUUAAAUCAUGCCAGUACUACAGGAAAACCAACCACUGAGCGAGAAUUCAGUAUUUGGGUAGGCGAUCUAUCAACCGAUGUAGAUGAUUACUCAUUAUACAGGGCGUUUGCUGCGAAGUAUAACUCAAUUAGGACUGCUAAGGUUAUAUUAGAUAGCUCUGGAUUCAGCAAAGGCUACGGUUUUGUUAGAUUUGCAAACGAGGAGGAACAAAAGAACAGUCUAAUCACUAUGAAUGGUUAUAGAGGUCUCGGAACAAAAUCCCUGAAAAUCUGCAACGCAGUGCCUAGACCUUGGAAUAAAAUAUCUGGUUCAACACCACCACAAUCAACUUCGGAAUAUCCUGCAUCAAAUAUGAAUUCAGAGGCGUAUAAUUACUAUGAUACAUCGUCAUACUGGAAUAGUUACAGUGCUUGGCAACAAGGUUACUACGAAAGCGAGCCGACGUCAGAUGCUUACAACAGCUAUGUAUCCGAUCAAAAACCCGAGGAAGAUGAAUUAGAAUUGAUUGAGCAUUCAAUUCCCAUUGACAUCGAUAAAGUGAACAGAGAAAUAAUCGAACAAGAUUACAAUUUAUGGGAUGCUUUGGAAAGUUCAAAAUGGAUUCCUUGUGACACAAUAGAAUUAUGCUAUUAAUAAUUAAGAAUAAAAAAAUAAAAGAGAUGCAGCAAUCACAAA